UUUAGAUUUUUUUAUUGUAAAAAUAUUUCUAUUCAGUUUUAGGUACAGUUUUUGGAAAAUUUUAAUUUUAAAGUACUGACAAUAAUGUACGGGCGUCAGGCAUUCAAGUGGUGACCAAAAUUGGGGUGCCACGGUACCAUGGAGCCUGAAGAUGAGAAGAAAAAGAAGCUAAAUGAUGACGUGGUGGUGUUUAUGCGCAAACGUAGCGAGACAGAAGCACCUCGGUAUACUGCCCGCUUGAAAACCUACGUUGAUUUUCAGCAAAAGCGUCGGCGAGCCGCUGCUGCACGGCGCCACUCUGAACAAGGCCACCACCACGAUAGGAAACCAGCAUCCGCCUCGAAGAAAAAGAAUGAAGGCGAACAAAAAGAUAAAGCCCAGGAUAAUCAAUUCACACCCAUUAACUCUUCUUCCAGAGAACAUGCCGGGAAUGAUGAAGACCGCAUGAGUAGGAGUAGACGCGGCGGGGGCGGUGGAGCUGGCGGUGAGAAGUGUGUACAUCGUACACGGUCGUUCUCCCGCGCCUCGUCCGGCGAGCCGUCCGACCGCUGCGGCCGCCGCCGUCGUCGCAAGACGUGCUGCCCUCGUCGCCGCCGCCGUCGAUCGUGUUGUCGUCGUCGCCGCCGUCGCAGCUGCCGCCGCAGACGGCGACGCAGCUGUAGUCGACGCCGUCGCCGCCGAAGCUGUCGGCGCAAGCGACGCCGCCGUUGUGGACGCCGCCGUAGACGCCGCCGCUGCUGAACUCCAAUCGUGCAGGCUUGUGCUAGUUAAAUUUAUCGGAGUGUACGUGCAAUGAAUAUAAUAAUGUUG